AUGGAUAGCUCAUCUCUCACUCCCCCCUCAACUUCUGCCCCUCUAACCAACGCCCUGGCCACGGCCUCGCCGACCAGAUAUGGCGGCUAUGGCACUGUAGGAGGGCCGUCGGGGCCCGGUGGGGUAGGCACGAACGACCCGUCGUCGCUGUUUCCCCGGGCCCUGGGGCAGGUGCAGCUCGGGGACAACGAGCUGGACGAGAUAUAUGCCUACUGCUUCGACCGCGGCAACGGGCAGUAUACGAGACUCAUCCCGGCCGACAUGCUGCCGCCUCUCCAGGACAUCCCGGCCCUCCAGCAGGGCUGUGUCGGAAUGAAGGUCUUGCCCGUGCCACGGGGUCUUGCUCCAAACGGCCGUUCCAGCAACUCAGAGCGAGUUGCUCUUCAGCCGCGACCGAACCCUCUUGUUAACAACCCUGGCGACCCCAUCCAGUCUCACAUCGACAGCAUCAUCGCGCUGUCUCCACCACCCGCCUCGCAGAAGCGACCGAAGAUCUACUGCGACAAAUGGGUGCACGAAGGCGUCUGCGCUUUCACGCAACAGGGCUGCAAGUACAAGCAUGAGAUGCCCUUCGACAAGGCGACCCAACACUCACUCGGCCUCUUCCACGGCCUGCCUGCCUGGUGGAAGAAGCACCAGGCCGAGUUGGCACGCCAGCGAGACCUAGUGGAUGCAUCGGACCAGCCGGUCGCGGUGAGCAGCCGCGACCGCAGCCUGUCGGGGCCAAAUCGGCUCACUGCGAACCCUUGGAGACGCAUCCCCAGUGUUGGGCCUAACCCAAUCCAAUACUCCUCGCCAUUCGGCCCCAUCGGACCGCCGCCCCGCAAACCAGCCGAUGAGUCCAGCCCUGACCGGCUCACGCGCGGGAUCGCGGACAUGAACCCCUUCUCCAUGCUCCGACAUGUGGAUGAGAACGGGGAUGACGACAACGAGGAGGGCGUGAGACUCGCCUGA